AUGCAUUUAGCAGGAAAGACAGUGCAUCCUCACUGGAUUGAACAUGGGUUGCUGGAUCGAUGGAGGCGUGGCUGUGAUGCCCAACACAAUGAAGAAUGCCAACAAGGCUUUACAAAGGAUCGACUGGUAGGGUCUCAUCCCACUUGGUUGAUUGAUACUUGGACGCUAUGCCUCGUCCACGGUCAUCUCGAUAUGCCUUAUGUUGCUCUGAGCUACGUUUGGGGCCCACCAGACUUUUACAAGACAUCCCGCAGAGAUCUUGCCAUGCUGCAGCAAGUACAGGCAUUUCAUCAUUUGAAGGGACAAUCGCUAGUACCGCAAACCAUCAUCGAUGCCUUCGCUGUGACACAGCUUCUAGGGCAAAGAUACCUCUGGGUUGACUCGCUGUGUAUUGUGCAAGAUGACGAGGAGAUGAAGGCGGCUGAGAUCAUCAACAUGAGUUACAUCUAUGCUCAGGCGACAAUCACAAUCAUCGCACGGCAAGGUAAAACUGCUAAGUAUGGGCUUCGUGGGUUUCCAGGAACUUCUCAACCAAGACACACUUCUCAAGACCUUUUCCGAAUCGACAAGAAAUACCGUUUGUUAAAAUCUCCACAAUACUAUGGAUAUGGCUGCGAGUGGGACUGUCGAGGUUGGACCUAUCAAGAGGAAGUAUUUUCCCGGAGAAGGUUGAUAUUUUAUAAUGACCGCGUCUGGUGGGAAUGUCAAUGUUCUAAAUUUCAGGAAGACAUUCAUACCCCACCUGGGAGUAGAAAGUCUUUGCCCAGUAGAAUUCCAAACGAAUCUCGGAUUUUCAGUUCCGACAUCCUGGACCUUGAAGGCUAUAGAUCGUUGGUUACCUUUUAUAACACAAGACAAUUCACUAUACCUGAGGAUGUGGUUCCGGCUUUCGCAGGAAUCACUGCUGUCCUUACCCCUUCUUUCAAAGGAUUUCUAUUUGGCCUGCCUCUACUUUCCUUCGACACAGCACUUUGCUGGCAACCUUUUGGGAUGCCAGGGAUAGAUUGCAAGCGGAGAGGACCACGAAACCCUCUUAUCCAGGCUCGGUCCUAUCUGCCAAGUUGGUCAUGGAUGGGUUGGCAGACACAUAUCGAUCACCAUUCAAUGACAAUUACGCACGCUAGAAAGAGAUACGGCAACUAUCGUCAUUCGACUUUUAAUACAAGUAUCAAUGGGACCACGAAAUCAAUAAUUCGGUGGUAUAGUAAGGAAAGGGAUUCUACGAAACUACACCCUAUUGAUGGACCCCGAACAUUGGAAGCGGUAAUGGCCGAAGGUUUCAAGGAAGAUGGGACGCUUCCCACUGGCUGGCGACGCAUCGAAUACAAAGAUCGUGAAUGGCACGACCACGUUAGCACAGGUUUUACCCCUCCCAAAUAUUUAUUCAUCCAUGAGUCAGAGCCAGAAAGCGAAUUUUGGUUUCCUGUACCAACUGCUCAAGAUUACACAGACAGUCCAGCCCUACCACUAGGAAAUCUUUUGUGUUGUAAGACGCAGAAGAGUUCCCUUUUGAUCGGGAGAAGACGUGUGAUCAAGGGCAAGAAUCCCCUGAAACUUGAACAUGACCUCCUCGAUAAGGAGAUGCGAUGGUCAGGCAUUAUCCAACUGCACAACACAAAUCAACUGCCCCUCGAGAACGAGGAUAUUUCAACGAAACUAGCCCUUCCCUGUGACUUAGUUGUCAUCUCAGAAGGAUUCGUCCUCGAAGGAAGCAGACUCUACUCGAUUCCGGGGUGGGAGUUCGACGAGCGCCCAAAAGGUCCUCACGGCACCAAGUACGAAUUCUUCAACGUUCUUUGGGUUGAAUGGGAAGAUGACAUCGCGUAUCGGAAAGGCUGUGGGAGGGUCAUGAAGAGUGCUUGGGAUGCUCAGGAUCCGGAGUGGAUUGAUCUGACGCUUGGUUGA